AUGGAUAUGAAUAUUCAUGAGCAGCUUGAAGUUCUUCUCGGCGAUAAAAAUACGUAUCCACUCUUUGCUGCUGUUGACCGAUGUGCUCAACUGGUUGAACGUCAUCGAGGGCGUAUCAUCAAGCUGGAGUAUGAGGGCAGCGGGGAGAUCACAAAGACUCUCAUGCUUGUGGGCAAGGGAGUGACCUAUGACACCGGUGGAGCGGAUAUCAAAGCAGGCGGGGUCAUGGCAGGAAUGCACAGGGAUAAAUGUGGUGCAGCGGCAGUGGCAGGAUUCUUCCGCGCUUUGGAAAUCAUCAAGCCAGUGGGGUUAAAGGUCGUCGGAACAAUGGCUAUGGUUCGGAACAGCGUCGGUGUAGAGAGCUAUGUUUCCGAUGAGAUCAUAACUUCAAGAGCAGGAGUGAGGAUCCGCAUUGGCAACACGGACGCCGAAGGCAGGAUGGCGAUGGGUGACUGCCUAUGUGAAAUGAAAGAAAGGGCAUUGAGAGAGAUCAACCCUCAUCUGAUGACUAUAGCCACUCUGACCGGACAUGCUGUCAGAGCUAUGGGACCAAACUACUCGAUCAUCAUGGACAAUGGACCUGCAAGAAUGGUUGAUCAUGCAAGACAGAUGCAGAGAGCUGGUGAUCUAAUUGCAGACCCUUUUGAAAUAUCCACCAUUAGGAGAGAGGACUAUGCAUUCCACAAGGGCAAGUCCGAGUACGAGGAUGUUCUUCAGUCCAACAGCCAGCCAUCUUCCAUGACAGCCAGAGGUCACCAAAGCCCAGCAGCAUUCCUCAUGAUGGCAUCAGGACUUGAUAAACAUGGCAAAGAUUCCUCUGCUCCGCUACCCUACUCUCACAUCGACAUCGCUGGAUCUUCAGGACCUUUCCCUGGUGUACCAACGGGGGCGCCCAUCGCAGCCAUGACCGCACUCUACAUGAUGGGCUUCUAAUCUUGAUUGCUCCAUCCAUGUUUACUUGCAAUUCACUCAUCCAGAAAAAAAAUCACAUGUACAUGUAUAUUACUUUAUUGGAAGUCAUAGGUAAGUCUUGUUGGAUUAAUGACACGAUAGAUACCCACAGUCAUCACACAGAUGAUGGCAUAGGGAAGACUGUUUUGAAAUUAUGUCGCCGAAAUAUAAACCAAAGCUUCACAUUUCUCUUAAAAAGACACUUAUUCAACCCUCUGCCAAUAAACUGAGGGUCUAAUAUUGAAUUAGUUUUUUAUUUGCAUGUUAGUAUUUUUGCAUAGGGACAUGCAAAUUGCUAUGUCCGAUGUGCUAUGAAAGAACGAAGUAUUAUUAUUAUUCUCACCACAUGUUCAACAUUUAUGAACACACCAGCAGCAAUAUAUAUUUUCCUACAAAGAACUCUUUUUUUGUGUAUGGAACUAUAGGAGAAAAGUACUGCCAAUUUAUAAAUUGUACUCUCUUUUUGUAAAAUAUGUUGCGGUAAUUUACUGAAGUAUGUUACUAUUUGUUUUGUCAAGAUCAUGGUCCAUGUCAUUAUGGAAGAUUUGGUAGUGAAAUGGAACAAUCAGAGACUGUAUUCCAGAAGGAACGGAUGGAUUUUUUACCAGUGUUACGAGUUCAGUCAAACUUGUAUAUCGGAAAAUGGCAUAUAGCAAACGAACACACUGAAGUUUUUCCAAAAUGCAACCAUCAGAGUAAAAUUACAUCAAAUCAACAGAAUGAAACCACACAUGGUAUUUUUAUGUCUUGUAACUUAUGGGAGUAAAUCUUUUGAACCAUUUGAGUAUGGAAAGUAUUAAUGCAAUAGCAUAACUCAUUGCAACUUUCGAACAAGAUGUUCUUGACAUGAUUUCUUUAUCAAGAAAUUAGUCCACAUUAAGCUGCCCUCAACCCAGGUGAGGUAGGUCCUAAAUGGAUGUCCGGCAGGAUCAAUUCCUUGAACGCACCAAGUGCCGGGGUCAGUGUGUCUUUGAGUAGGUAUCGAGAUAUAUUACGCUUUAUAAACACAAUACUGCAUUUUGACUUGCUAUUGACUAUUAUUAUAAACAGUUGAUUUUUUUUUAAGUAGUAGCUGUUAGCUUAUCUCUACAUUCCUGUGUUAUACAUGCAUUUUUCUUCCAAAGGAUAUAUUGUUGAGUGAGUAGUUUAACUUAACUGCCAGUCAUUUCCAAUAUGGAGCAAAUGUUUAGAAUUUUGACCAUUGUGUGCCCUUAUAUCGGCAUGAUUUCUAUCAUUUUCUUAAUUAUCAUAACUUACUUGUGGAAAAAUGCAUGAUCUUCCUAUUUUGUAACAAAAGUAUCCUUAUUUUUCAUGCUAAAAUGGUUUGGUAGUCUUCUUUCAGAAUCAAGAUCAAAAGGUAUGUGUUGGAAGCCAAUUGUUGACAUUUCAACUAGGAAUUAAUUUUUCUUUGUUUAUGAAAUAAUAAGAGAGAUUGAGCGUGAUUAUAUUAUACUCAGGAUAAAUCAAUGCUUGAAAAUUUUGAAUUGAAUUAUGAUUGAAUCUCAUAUAGAAAAAAAAUGGGAGUGAUUGGGAAUGGCCUUAAUUGUGUUUAUUUCCAUUAGGGCUGAAGGAAUAUAAUGGGAGCAAACUGUCACACUUAAUGUGUCAUUUAUGUAACACUUAGUGUCAUUUAUGUGUUUGUUUAAAGUGGUGUCAAAUGGUAAUUCCAGAUGACAUGGAUCUAAUCCAGUAUGUACCAGAAUACAGAAAAAUAUAUAUAUUAUUUGUAAUCAUACAA